AUGUCACGGCAACCCAACAUGCGAGACCGCGGCGCACCACAACCAGGUCCGUACGGUCCAAACAACCCUCCACCGCCUCCGUCCGAGCCCCCACCGAGGGGACCCAGAGAACACGAAGACCGGGGUAGAGGUGUUGACGAUGUCGAAGGCGAGAAGAUGCAAGGUCGACGCCGUCCGCAGCUCGCUGUACGAAAACGAGAUUACGCACGGGCGGAAGAAGAACUGCGAGUGAGACAGCGAGAUCGUGAUCGGAGUCGUUCGCCUGCCCGUCGUCAAGAUCCACGCGAUGAGCAAGAUUGGCGUGGCGAGCGAGCCCGGUAUCGAGAGCGAUCGCCGCUGCGUCGGGAGCCCGUCGACGUGGAGCCGCAGCGAGAGGACCGGAAGCCAGAGAACGCGGAGUCCCUACGGGUUGCUGAUUGCAAAGCCGCCUUCACUGAUAAGAAGGGUUGUUUUCGGUGUGGAGAGCAAGGACACAUCGCUCGUGCUUGCAAGGUCCGAGUUGGCCAGAGCAAGACUGAUGCUGAGGUUGCGGCCGAUGAGGGGAAGGCUAUGGCUGGUCGAUACGGUGGCCGCGAUGACGAUAGGCAUUGGUCGCCCAGGCAGGAUGCUGCCUUCCGAAUCAGUCGCACGAGAGAUACCAGCCGACUGGAAGCUCACAUCCAGCAAGCGUACGGCCAAGAUCAAGAUGCGCAGCAACAUCAUCAGGAGCACUUCAGUGAGGCGCCUUCGCGUUCAGAGUACUUCGUCGAGGACGAAGUGGACUGGGACGACGAUGCUUUAGAGACGGCCCAUGUUGCCCCCGCGGUGAGAAUGAGUACUGGUCGGAAGAUGCCACAGCCUGAGUAUCCGAGGCACGAGGAGCCCUACCGUCAACAGGAAGUCCCCGAAUUCCCUUCUACAACCACUCAGCAUGCGCCAGUUCAGCCCACGCACCGCAGAUCCAGUCAAACGCCCAGCACGGCAAAGUCAGCCAAAGAGCCCAAGCUAGGACUACCGCACCUCCAGAACCCAGAGAACGGGGAGUUCCCGCCGACAGUGCACGACCUUCGCGGCUACGACUACCGCAUCUUCGCCACAUAUGCCGCCAAACCCAAGUCCCAGCGCUUCGUCAACGGCGCCAACGGCAAGAUCGCACCGGGCAUGUACGGCUCCGAACAACGCCACGAUCUGGGACUUUGCUUCACCACGUACCUUACGAAGAAACGUUGUGAGAUGGGUGUCAAGUGUCCCUGGCGCCAUCACCCGCUUUCGAACACUGAAAAGGCUUGGAUCAUUGAGUACGGCAAGCAGAAGGGCAAGGAGUUCAUUGAGAACGUGGACCGGUGGUGGGCGUUUCCUGAGACACCGGUGCCGGGUACUUCUAUGCAGGGCCUGGGUGACGGCGAGAACUAG